UGCACGUUGGUUUGCGUAUAAGUCCUAUGGCCCGAGGAGAACUGAGCACAAACACCAGGAGCCGGGUAGUGAGCAAUGAAUUCCUUGGAACAGGCCGAAGAUCUAAAAGCCUUUGAGAGAAGACUGACAGAGUACGUGUCUUGUUUGCAGCCUGCAACUGGUCGGUGGCGAAUGAUUCUGAUAGUGGUUUCUGUCUGUACGGCUACCGGAGCGUGGAACUGGUUGAUAGACCCUGACACACAAAAGGUGUCUUUUUUUUCGUCGCUGUGGAAUCAUCCCUUCUUUACAAUCAGUUGCAUCACUCUAAUUGCUCUGUUCUUUGCUGGAAUACACAAACGGGUUGUUGCCCCAUCAAUUAUUGCAGCUCGUUGUCGGACGGUUUUAGCAGAAUACAACAUGUCCUGUGACGAUACGGGAAAACUUAUUCUCAAACCUCGACCAAACAUCCAAUAACAAAAAACUCUUGGGAAGGAGGGUGGGGAAUUAUGUGUUCUUUUAAUCACUAUGUUGAUUGUCUCUGGACGACACAGUUUCCAAAAUCCUAAAACAACCUGACAUAGAAGAAAGCUGAGAGAGGAAGCACUGAUGCUGAAAUGGAAGCUCAUCUGAAGUAAUGAAGAAAUGACUGGGAAAUGCCUUUGAUCCGCAUUUUGGUGUUACUGUCACCUUGCACAGCUGCUUCUGCUUCCAUGUGUUGAUUUAUAACAAUGUGCAUUUGUUUUAGAUAAAUGUUUCUAUUUUCAAACUAUCUUGUUAUAUACAUAAUAAAUACCUAAAUGUCAA